AUGUUUGCGAGUUUAAAAAGUAAGAUAAAAGAAGAAACUGGUAGCGACAUUAGCAAAAUAACCAGUAGUUGGCGGAGCGGCGCCUUCUUGGGACGAAUAACGCUCAGAGAUGAUUCUUCAACAGCCAGUCCUUCCAGUUCUGGUGGCCAUGGAGACUCCACAUCAGAUUCAAUAUCUCCGCAAAUGGAAUCGUACCUAUCAGAAAGGACCGGUGGAAGGAUAGACCAGGCAGUAUUACAGCAACAGUACUCAACGCAGUUGGAGGCUAAACUACGAGAGAGGGAUACUUACUGGGAACAAAAGAUUGAAGAACUCAAGCUUUCACUAGCAUCGGUACAAGGUGAAGAAGCAGCGGCGGCUCAAGCAGUGGCUCGGACUGCACAAGCUGAGGCUGCCAAGGCGGUUUUAGAGAGAGACGCAGCCAAGAGACUGGUUACCGAGCUGAAGACGCAGGUGGCAGCUGCUGAACGCGCUCAGGAUAGACUUGAUGCGCUGAAUGAGGAGUUAGAACAGAGUCGUCGUGAAUGGGCCCGGGAGCGCGCGGAGCUGAGCGGCGCGCUGUCGCGGGCGGAGGCGCGCGCCGCCGACCUGGCGGACAGCCUCGCACUGCUCAGCGCUGCACUGCCGCCGGAACAUCCACACCAUCAUAUGGAAGAUGACGACAAACGCGAAGUGACUCCGACUGGGUGCGCGGACUAUGACCGCGUGUGUAGGGAGCGCGCUGUACUGACGCGACAAUUACAAGAAGCUAAGAUGGCGCUCGCUGACGUCAAGACCUCGUGGAGUGGACAGAUUGCGUCGCUAGAGACACAGGUGGCGCGACUAUCGCGGCAAGCGGGUGAGGAAGGUUCGGAGAGGAGACGAGUGGAGAUUGAGAAGAAAGAGUUGCUGGAGAAGUUGCAGAGCGCAGCUGCAGAGUUGGAGAAAACUAAGCAGAAUCUAGCCAAUAGUGAAGCUAAGGUGGUGCGGCUGAACGGCGAGGUGCACUCCCUCGCCCUGGAAGUCAAGUCCCUGCGCAGCGCCGCCGACCUCGCCGCCGAAAAAACGAUGGAGUUUGAAAAGCGAAUUGAAAGUUUGACGCAAGAGAACAGGGAGUUGUUAGAAGCAUUAGAGAAUGAGAGGUCGCUAGUGAAGAUUUUGAGGGAGAAGGUUGACAAGUCCAAUCUACUCUGCGAUGAGAGUAAAGCGGAGGUCAAUCACCUCAACUCUAUGGUGACGGAGAUGCAACACGACUUCUUGGAUAUACAAAGGAAGUUUGAUAAAGAAAAACGCGAAAAGGACGAAGCAUUACUAAGGAACGCGCACAUGUCACAGACGAUAGAAAUGAGUCAGUGCAACGUGCGCUACCAGGAGACGGAGAUAGCAGACCUGAAGAGCAAGAUAGCAGAAUUGGAGGGACUCAUUGCACAGCACAAAGAGAAUCAAGCUGCAUGUAUGUUAAUAAAAGAGACGGAAGAAGCACGGAAACAGGAGAUCGAACAACUUAAGAAGAAAAUAGACGAAUUAAUAGAAAACGAGACUGCACUCAAAAAGACUAUACAAGACUUAGAAACUGAAAUCUGUGAUAAAAAUAAGAAAAUAAAAACGUUAGACAACAGAAUAUCGGAUAUGAAGAAAACGCUACAGCGGGAGCUACAGAGCAGUAAGUCGGAUCUCACGUCGGCUGAAGAACAAGAUAUUAGUAGACGGUACUUAAAACACGUGGUGCUUCGUUUCCUAACGGCGCGUGAGUUGGAAGCGAGACAGUUGACUCGCGCACUCGCCGCUCUCCUACGGCUGUCGGCUCACGAAGAGGCGUUACUCCGAGCUGCUCUCCCGCCUCGCACUGGCCUGGCAGCGUGGUUUCCCUCUCUCAACACCUGA